CCCGAGGUCUGAGAGCACCAACUGGAGUUAAAGCCUUCUGACUCAGAGAUUCCAGUGAUUCAGUCAGGAGAAAGUUUGUGCAUCACCAGUAAGUGGAGCUUUCCUGCACCGGGACCAAAGUUUAAACAAGAAGGCGACGUUCAACAAUCGUCAGUCACAAUCAGAAUGGACACAGGUAUGAUUACAAUUAGUCAUUAUAAUCGUUUUAAUUAAACUGCUCCACAUGGUGUACAAUAUUUCAAAUGAAGAAAUGUAUGCAGGCGCACAGAAAAUCAGACUUGGGCGAGGUAAAGUACCUGGUAAGUUCCUCUCUUUUUGUUCCUACUUGUUAGGACAUAGUGGUGUAGCCCGUAUGGCUCCGGGGCAGUAUGUGGGACACUGAAAUUCUGGGAGAACUCCAGGUUCCCAGAUAAAUAAAUCUGCACUAGCAGCAGCUCCUGUUUGAACGUAUUAAGGACAAUGACCGUCGACCCAUACAGGAUAACGAGGACGUGACAGGAGCUGCGGCGAGGUAGUCAGGCCUCGGUUGCAGGAGGCAUUUACUUUGCAGCACUCGGUGGAGUUGUGGAAGUUAGUAAUGUUUGUCAAAUGAUGCAGUACAGUAUUGACCGGUUAUAGCAGAGAAACGGCAGGUGGACUUUAAUGUGGCAAAGUGCGAGGAGUUGCACAUUGAGAAGCCAAAUAUAAGAGGAAGGUUCAAGACCGUAAGGCACAAGACCCUGAGGAGAAUUGAUAUUGAGGGAUUUAGGGUACAAGGGCAUAUUUCCAUGAAAGACGCAACACAUGCAGAUGGAUCGUAAAAUCGAUCUUCGGUAUUGGUGGAAUGUUGAGCAUAUAUUUGGGAAAGCCAUAGUGUCACUGUAGGAAACUUUGAUCAGAGCACAGUUGCGGUUUGUGUGCAGCUCUGGUUUACAUAUUACAGAAUAAUGUUGUGUCUCUGGAUCUGGUGCAGAGCCGUGUUGUAUGGAUAACAGAGUAUCGUGUGUAAGGGGAAAGGCUUGGAUUGGAAACGCUCAGUCACUUAGUGUGAAAAUUCCAAAUCUAGAGGGCAUGUACUCAUGUGAGAGGGCGGAUUGAACAAAGGAGGGUUACGAUGUAGGCUUUCCACUGAGAGAGAUCAGUGCCCGGAACGCGCUGCCAAGGAGGAGAUUGUAUUAGAUACAAUUGCAGCCUGUAAGAGACAUUUAAAUGGGCAAAUGGACAGGCAGGAACUGGAGGUAUAUGGACCAUGAGCAUGUAGAUAGGAUUGUUUCACCUUGACAUCAUGGUCGACACAGACAUGGUGUCACGAAGGGUCUGUUCCUGUGCUGUACUGUUCCAUGUUCUAUGCCUGCUUACAGAUCUGAAUUCCGCUAUCUCCACCUUCCUGUCACAUUGUGACGAUCACCAACUGUUCCGGUUGACGAGAUUCUACAUGGAGCGGCUGGAGCAGGCGAUUGAAGAGGGUGUGGAGGGUCUCGGCCUGAUGUUAACAGGCGAGGAUCACUUUACUGGGCAGGAGUAUCACAGCGUGACUGAGCUCGCGGAGAAGGGAAACCGAGCGGGCGCUUCCAAACUCCUCCUGGAUCUGGUGAUUGAGAAGGGCUCCGGGGCCCGGAGAGUGAUGUGGGAAUCCUUUCUGAAACUACAUCACCACCUACCGAAGCUGAGCAGAAUAUUGAAAGAAAUACGGGAGCGAGGUGAUGGCCAGUUCCCCUACAUGGACACUGAGCGGGGUUUCUCUGAAGUGCCCAAACAUCUGAAAGAUGUUCGAAGGAAACACAAGGAGACUCUGCGGACACAAACUGAAAAACUGAGAGUGAACACGAUCCUGAUGAGUGAGAAGGUGAAGGUUUUCCAGCUGGUUGAUCGAUACGCUGAGCUCACGGUCAUUUCUACUGUUCGAGAUCGGACACUGGUGGAACAUGAGCUGCUGGCAAGAGGCAGAGACCACGAGCAGUGGAGAGAAAAAGAUCUCCGUGGUAAGCUGGAAAAAAUCCGGACUGAUCAGUUAUUCAAGAAGAGCUUUGUUCAAAAAUUGAAAAGAUCUAUCUUUAGAAACAAAUCCGGGAUGUCCGCAGCAGUGGCCGGAGUCCCAGGGAUCGGGAAAUCAACAAUGGUACAAAAGAUUGUUUAUGACUGGGCCACGGGGAAAAUAUACCAAAAGUUCCAGUUUGUCUUCAGUUUCAAAUUCCGGGAUUUAAAUGCCAUUAACUGCAGAAUAAACCUGAAAGAACUGAUUCUGCAUCAAUAUCCCUACUUUGGGAAUAUCCUGAGAGAGGUCUGGAAACACACAGAGGGACUGCUGUUCAUAUUUGACGGAUUGGAUGAAUUCAAGGACAAAAUCAACUUUGUUGAUGGUCGGAGAGACACAGAAUCACAGUACACAGAUCCUGAAUUCAAGUGCAACGUGUCUGACAUUGUGUACAGUUUAAUCCAGGGCAAGCUGCUCCCAGGGUGUUCAGUGCUGGUGACCACCCGUCCCACUGCGUUACAUUUAUUGGAAAAGGCAGACAUCAGUAUCUGGGCUGAAAUCCUGGGAUUUGUUGGCGUGGAACGGAAGGAAUAUUUCAUCAGAUAUUUUGAAGAUCAGACGGUGGCAGAAGCUGUUUUCAAACACGUGAAGGAGAACGAGAUCCUGUACACCAUGAGCUACAACCCAUCCUACUGCUGGAUCCUCGCUCUGGCACUGGGCCCCUUCUUCACACAAAGAGUCAGGGACCCGCAGCGAGUUCCCAAGACUAUCUCCCAACUGUACUCCUACUAUAUUUACAACAUCCUGAAAAACCACGGCCGUGAGAUUGAGAACCCCCGUGAUGUGUUACUCAGGGUUGGUCAGAUGGCCUUCAAAGGAGUGUCCGAGAGGAAGAUUGUGUUUACAGAUGGAGAUUUGAUCAAGUACGAUCUGCAGCCUUCCCAGUUCCUAUCCGGGUUCCUGAUGGAGCUUUUGGAGAGAGAGGAUUCUGCCCGGUGCGUGGUGUACACAUUCCCACACCUCACCAUCCAAGAGUUUGUAGCUGCAGUCGCACAAUUCCUGAAUCCACAUCCUGAGGAUAUCCUGAAAUUCCUUACAGAAGUCCACAGCACGACAGAUGGGCGAUUUGAGGUAUUUCUCCGUUUUGUUGCUGGUCUCUCCUCCCCAAUGACAGUUCGGGGCCUGGAGGAGUUUCUGGGUCCAUUUCCUCAUCAAACAACCUGCCGGGUGAUUGACUGGGUGAAGGAGGAGGUUAAACGCCAGAGUGGAAACACAGAGAGUGAAGCUGGUAAAAGGAGCCGCCUGAACACAUUGCACUACGUUUUUGAGUCUCAGAAUCGUGGGCUGGCUCAGGCCGCACUGGGAUCUGUGGAAACACUUUCAUUCCGUGGAAUGACACUGACCCCGAUUGACUGCGCGGUCCUGUCUCAUGUCAUCGGACUCUAUGAUACAAUAAAAAUCCUCGACCUGGGGAACUGCCACAUUCAGUGUGAAGGAAUACAGCGGCUGGGACCCGGGCUGCACAAGUGCCAGGAGUUGAGACUUGGGCGGAAUGAACUGGGAGAUUCAGGAGUGAAAAUGGUGUCUGCAGCUCUGAGGAACCCGGAGUGUAAAAUACAGAAACUGGGGCUGUACAAUGUCCGUCUCACAGAUUCUGGUGCCGAGGAUCUCGCCUCCGCUCUCAGUGCAAACCCAUCACUGACGGAGCUGAACCUGAACAAUAACAAACUGGGAGAUUCAGGAGUGAAUUUGGUGUCUGCGGCUCUGAGGAAUUCAGAGUGUCAGAUACAGAAACUGGUGCUGAGGGGUGUCGGUCUCACAGAUUCUGGUGCCGAGGAUCUCGUCUACGCUCUCUGUACUAUCCCAUCACUGACGGAGCUGGACCUGAGUGAAAAUAAACUGGGGGAUUCAGGAGUGAAACUGGUGUCUGCGGCUCUGAGGAACAUGGAGAGUAAAAUACAGAAACUGGGGCUGAACCAGGUCGGUCUCACAGAUUCUGGUGCCGAGGAUCUCGUCUCCGCUCUCAAUACAAACCCAUCACUGACGGGGCUGAACCUGGAAUCAAACUCUCUGACAGACCGAUCUGUCCCCGCUCUCCGCCGCCUCAUUAUGACCCUCCCGAAUCUGAAGCGGAUCGGUCUGUUCUGGAAUCGGUUCAGUGAGAACGGGGAGGAGGAACUGAAACCUCUGCAGGGAGUCAGACCCGGACUGACAGUGGAUCUGUGAACAUCUGAAUGUGGGGAAUCGGUUCAGUGCGACCGGGAUGGAGGAACUGAGAUCUCUGCAGGAACCCAGACCCGGACUGACAGUGUGGACCGUGUGAACAUCUGAAUGUGGGGAAUCCGUUCAGUGAGACCGGAGAGAAGGAACUGGGAUCUCUGCGGGAAGUCAGACCCGGACUGACAGUGUUCCUGUGAACAUCUGAAUGUGUGAACAUCCCCGCCCGCGGGAUGAGGACAUUUUGGCCGAUUCCCCGCCCUCCCCGUUAUCUCCCACCCUUACCUUUAAUGGCCGCGCGCCUGGUUCAACUCCCAACGUCUUUAACAGAACCGGCUCAGGCCUCACGCUGUGUGUCGCUCAGAACGGUCCCGCCGUGACGUAUUUCUGCCUGUUGUCCGACGGUGCGUGUUCCAGACUCCCGCGUGAUACCCCGGAAAAUUACCCAGACAGGAAGAGCCCGGGUUCCAGGGCUCAGUCUGGGACACAGCUGUCCCGGGGUGGGAUUAUCCCGGGAGAGAAUCCUUUUGCUCCCUUUGCUGAGGACGGUGCAUUCGGCUGUCUGGCCGAUAUAAUGAUGUUAAAUGGACAAAUCCCUCGGCAGUGACCCUGGAUCUGCAGCGAUCCCGGACACGGCCCUGAAGUGUGAUUUUAUAAUCAUUGGUUCCCCAAUGCAGAGUGACGGUGAGAAACGGGACUGAUUAUUCAACCGGUCACUCCUUGUCUCCGGUCAGUUAAUUGUGUGUGACUGUGAGUGAGUCGGGAGCAGCUUAUUUAUUCACACACGUCAGCAGCUCACACAUUGUUUAAUUUACAUUUGUCAUGAUGAAAUCAAUAAACCGCUGUAACUUCCUGUCCUGGUGCCGGACUCGAGUUUUAUUUGAGGUUUCUGUUGCCCCCCGCACCCUGUGCACUGCAACAGUGGGUCGGAGCUCCUCACACUGACACAGUAGCGUCUCAGCUCCAGGCUGAGGGAGGUCGGACUGGCAGAGUCUGGGCGCCCAGGAUCUCACCUUCAACAAAGCCCCUUCCUGGCUAACUGAUCCCCGCAGACAGAUAAAAUUGAUGAUAAUAUCACACGUGAGACCACUGAGGUCCCGAGUACGAAACUGAUCGGGUGUGGAAUACCGGCUUUACACACGGAGUGAAGCUCCCUCCACACCGUCCCAUCACACACUCUCGGGGUCAGACACAGAGUGAAUCUCCCUCCACACCAUUCCAUCACACACACCCGGGUUCAGACACAGAGUGAAUCUCCCUCCACACCGUCCCAUCACACACACCCGGGUACAG